UAGUGCCAUGAUCUAGUCAAUGGACUGAAGUUGGACCAAGGGUUGGACUUGAUGAUCUCUGAGGUCUUUUCCAACCCAGUCGAUUCUGUGAUUAAAAUAAAGGUGCAGGGUUCCAUAAUAUAUGUGAUCCUAUGUCAAUUAGUAUAAAGUACAUCAGUCUGUACUACUUGAUGGAUAUGUGUUGCUGGUGUAACAGGUUAGCAGAUUGCUUUGCCACAGGCCUGAGACAAGCUUUGUCUUGGUUCCAGUAGGGUUUAUAGCAGCACCCUCAGUUAUUCUUGUAAUUAUGAUAAGAGAAGCGAAGCAGUAGCUGUUUGCUGACAUAAGGGCAAAUGUACUGAAGACUCAAGGUAUCCCCUGAGAAUGCACUGAUCUGACUGUAUCAAAAAAUCUUUCAUCUUUUUGUCUCUGUUGUUGUCUCUAACAUCACAUACCUUCUUCCCACAGAAAAAGCAGGUUAUUACCUACUACCUAUGGACUGCUUUGACCUUUUUGACUUCUAAACUAUUUUCCACUUUUUCCCCUUUGAUAAUUCAGCAAAUGAAGUGACAUAGAUGGAUUUCAUUACAGGUGCUUUGACUGAAAUUAUUUAUUGCUUACCUAUUAAACCUGGCCAUAAAUGUCAUUGAUUUAUAGACCCUACGAAAGCACAAAUAUUGUACAGCGAGUGCCAGGAAUGCUACUAUGUAGAAAUUAUGUGGAUGGAGGUAUCAGCUUCCUUCUAGCCAAAAGACUACACGGGAGCAAAGCAACAGUAUUUUAUGUGUGGAUCAAAACUAUUCUGGACCAAUUCUUUUUGCUGGUAGUUGAUUCUGUAUUUUCGGUUGUCUAUUUCAAUGACUGUUUUCUGUUAGUUGUUCUAAAAGGAUGGCAAAAUGGACUGCAGUGUGUGUCAUGAAGGAUGAACUGGACUAUGGAAAGGAGAAAGUAAUCUCUUGUCUGUGAGAAACUUGUAAGAAAUUGCCUGCAGUACUUGGAAACUAGCUUGGCAACAUGAGUAAUACAGACAGAGCUAAUGAUCUGACCACUGGGGUAGAUGGGAGGCCAGGUGUGAUACUGUUUCAUAUUCAUAUUUUUCUCCUAUAUGUUUUCUGGCUAAAUGCAAGAGCUGUCUAUUAACUCUAAUUCUUUGUAAAGUCUUGUCAGGUUCAUCUGGGAAAAACUGCACUGUAUUGGGAAAUGGCAUUUUAUCUGCAGAGUCCGAUUUGUCUUUCUAAUUUACUGUGCUGAGUUGGUCUCAGGGUUGUCUACACCAGCGGAAGUUCCUGUUUGUGUGUUUUCUGACUGGCGUAGCUGAAUCUUUACCAUGUGGCACCAGUUUGGUAGGUCUUUUUCAGCAUGGGAGUAGGUAGGCUGUGGAUGGUUAUGUGGUGUUUUUGUUUGUGUGUGGAUGUGCAGGUUCUACAGAUCUUGUUUUGAGCAAGCUACUGGUGAACAUAGGGGCAGUAAGACAUGGCCCACCAAAGAAAUGUGAAAGGGUUCUUUGUAAAUUGGUGAAAUCUUAGAUUUGUUGUAAAAAUGCAAUGGAAUACAUUUUUCCUACUGAUACCCAUGUGUUUGUCUCUCUCCACAUUAGCUGCGGAGCAGGCAGCUCUCAGGUUACAGAGGGAGGGAGGGUUGGCCGGAGCUCCAGGCGGUAACAAGGACAGAAACCAUCGAUCUCUCUAGGACUCUGUCAGCUGCUGAGGGAGGACUGAGUUGCUUCUAGCAGCUCAUCAAGUGCCUCAGCAUCUUUGUAUUGCUGUGCAACUUGAUUUUUUUUUUUUUUGUUAGUUUUGGAUGGUGAUAAACAUUUUUGUGCCCUUGAGUGAACAGUUUUGUUUAAGGUCCAGAAAUGAAGAGAAAUAGCCUGUCCUUUUCCAUCUCUCUCUGGUUGCUGUUUACAGCAGUGAUGCGUCAAGUUGUAGAAUCAGCCAAAGGAAAAUAUGCUCACAUGCUGUUUAAUGAACUGUUUGAAGACUACUCAAAUGCUCUGAGACCAGUGGAAGACACAGAUAAAGUACUGAACGUCACUCUUCAGAUCACAUUGUCCCAAAUUAAAGACAUGGAUGAAAGGAAUCAAAUUUUGUCAGCUUACUUAUGGAUUCGACAAAGCUGGUAUGAUGCAUACCUCAAAUGGGACAAAGAUAAAUAUGAUGGAUUGGAUUCUAUCAGGAUUCCAAGCAAUUUGGUUUGGAGACCAGAUAUUGUCCUAUAUAACAAGGCUGAUGAUGACUUUUCAGAACCAGUGAAUACUAAUGUUGUGUUGAGAUAUGAUGGAAAAAUCACUUGGGAUGCACCUGCUAUCACAAAGAGCUCAUGUGUAGUGGAUGUAUCUUAUUUUCCUUUUGACAGCCAGCAGUGUAACCUUACAUUUGGAUCCUGGACCUAUAAUGGUAAUCAGGUAGACAUCAUCAAUUCUCUUGAUAGUGGUGACCUCUCUGACUUUGUAGAAGAUGUGGAAUGGGAGAUUCACGGCAUGCCAGCAGUUAAGAAUGUCAUUACUUAUGGCUGCUGCUCUGAGCCUUAUCCAGAUGUCACCUUCACACUGAUUUUGAAAAGGAAGUCUUCAUUCUACAUAUUUAAUCUGUUGCUGCCUUGCAUUUUGAUCUCUUUCCUGGCCCCACUAGGGUUCUAUCUCCCUGCAGACUCUGGGGAAAAAGUAUCUCUGGGUGUUACAGUUCUUCUUGCUCUGACCGUGUUCCAGCUGAUGGUUGCAGAGAUCAUGCCUCCCUCUGAAAACGUACCUUUGAUAGGGAAAUAUUACAUAGCAACUAUGACCAUGAUCACAGCUUCUACUGCACUGACGAUCAUUAUAAUGAAUCUUCAUCACUGUGGCUCAGAAGCAAAGCCUGUUCCACAAUGGGCCAGGGUGGUUAUUUUGGACUACAUGUCAAAAAUCUUUUUUGUUUAUGAUGUGGGUGAAAAUUGCACGAGUCCAAAAAGGGAGAAAGAAGAAGAAUGUAAGUUAGAAGGGGAUGAUGGGUUUCAGAGGAGGCACAAAGAGAUAAGGGGUCACCUUUCCAAUAGGAAUGAUGCCUGUGAUUUCAAAGAGAAACUCAAUGGAAAUUUGAAUAAAAGCUAUGGAGUUAAUGGUGAAAAUGUUAGGGAGACUGUUGAGUGCUGUUCCUGUUACAAAAUGCUGAUUAAAAACAUUGAGUAUAUUGCUAAUUGUGUUCGAGACCAUAAAGCAAACAGGGCCAAAGGAAUUGAGUGGAAGAAAGUCGCAAAAGUGAUGGACAGGUUUUUCAUGUGGAUUUUUUUUAUCAUGGUGUUUUUUAUGAGCGUAUUGAUCAUUGGGAAAGCAGCUUAACUGAGGACAAACGCACUCCUUUAGUAAAGCUGAAUAUCCUGGGUUAGCUUAUUUUGGUGGAGCUCUAGGACAGGGGUGCUUUUGAUCUUUGUCUGCAUUCUGUAACAAUACACACAUUCAUUCUGCAGACUGUGACAAUGUUGAGAUGUUGCUCAGCUGAGGGCUUUGCUAGUGACUGUUCUUGCCUUUUAGUACGGAGUGCAGCCCUGAUCUGGGUGCUGGCUAAGCGCUCUGUGCUCCAUCUUAAUGGGUGGUGGCCAUGACUUUAGGCUGAAUGGGGUGGAGUGUUGCAGGGAUGGAGCAGACAGCCUAGCAGGGAGCACUGUAUUCUCAGGGCUGCAACUCUGCACCUUCUAACUUGACCAACCCUUUAUCUCUCCCAGAAAAAAAAAUACAAGUGUCUUUGACAAGGUGGCAGUUUCUGGAAAUCAUCCCUUUCAUGGUGUUGCCUUUUUUAAGCUGGUUUUCCUAUCUCACACUUUUGUGGCACUUUCUGAUCACUGUUGCCAUAAUUUCACAGGCUCUACAGGUCUCUCUGCUGUGUCUUCUAAUACCCUUGAGCUUACUGAAUAUGAUGGUUACUUUGAUCUUCCUCUUUACCUUUUUCUGCUGCUGAAUAUUACCCUAUUGUCACAAUGGCUCCAGUAUGCCAGAUUCCCAGGACUUCUUCCUCAUCAAGUCGGAGGUAUUCUAUUCCAUUCUUUUUUUUCUUGAGCCUAUUAAUGAUAGGAAGGAGUUCUUCUGUCUGUUCUAGAUGUCUCAUUCCCAUGGGCAUUUGUGCAAGAUGGGACUUCAAGUGCUAUUUGAGACUGCUAAAAUAGGAGGCUGUGACUUUUGUCUCUGCUCAUUUUAUUGACCUUCACCAGUGUUCACCCUCUGUGUCCCUUGUCCACUUUUACAUCCACUUCAAUACUUAAAUUUUAAACUGUUUACAGGAAUGCCAAGGUUGGUGUGUGCAUUACUUUGCACAAAAGCAUCAUCUUACCAGCUCAUUAAAGUAGUGCCACAAUUAACGCACCUUGCUCAACGCCUUAGUACUUAUAUGUAUGUGAAUGUGUUUGCUGACAACACCCAAAACCUCCUUUCUGUGUGUUAAUUCCUGUUAACCCUCUCAGACUAAUAGAGCUCUGGAAGACGUCUCGCAUAGUAAAGUGAGAAGUUAGUACCCCAGGCAUGCCCAUGGCAGGUAAAUUACUUUUACAAAGCAUCCUGAACUUUGAAACCAUGUUAUUCUAGAUGCAGUGGGAGAGGCAGGAUCACACGGUAAUGGAUCUCAGUCAAAAGUUCAUGUGAUAAAUGUCAUUUUCAUAAUUGUUGCAGUUAAUAGAAGCGUACUUGUGAAGUUGUAACUUAGGAGUGAGGAGUCAAAAUGGCAAAGUGAUGCAGUUGCUAUGCCCAAAUUUAUUGGAAAAAAGGGAACUGUGAUUAUGAUGUAAAUGAUACAUUGAAUUGCAAAUGGCAAGCUUUCUUUUAUGUGGAAUAAUUAAUGCUGUAAGCUUAUCUGGAUUCUCAUACAUAAUGCAAGCCUUCAAGUCCAAGUUCUAAUGUAAAGCUAAACUGGGUGGCUAGCCAAGAAUAAACUCAGUAUGUGGAAAAA